AUGUCACCGCCGUCGGCAACCGCCGACAUCCUCCGCGAAGUCGACCCGAGGAUCUGGCGCGCUUGUGCAGGCGCCUCCGUGCAGAUCCCCGCGCUCUACUCUCGGGUGUACUAUUUCCCGCAGGGUCAUGUCGAGCACUGCUGUGCCUCAUCGGUCAUCUCUUCCUUCCCUUCCUCCACCUCUCCGGUCCCCUGCGUCGUCUCCUCCAUCGAGCUGCUCGCGGAUCCGGUUACCGACGAGGUGUUCGCUCACCUAUUGCUCCAGCCGAUGGCUCCCGAGCAAUUUAUGCAUCACAAUCUCACUCGAUUCGGGAGAUACGACUGUGACGAAGAGGAGAACAAGGUGGUUACAUUCGCCAAGAUAUUGACGCCGUCUGAUGCUAAUAACGGCGGCGGAUUCUCAGUCCCGCGCUAUUGCGCCGAUUCCGUGUUCCCUCCACUCGAUUUCCAGGCGGAUCCUCCGGUCCAGAAGCUCUUCAUCACUGAUAUCCACGGAAUCGUGUGGGAUUUCAGGCAUAUCUACCGCGGUACGCCGAGGCGUCACCUCUUAACCACCGGGUGGAGCAAGUUCGUCAACAAUAAGAAGCUGAUUGCUGGCGAUUCGGUCGUUUUCAUGAGGAAAUCCGCGGAUGAGAUGUUUAUCGGUGUAAGGCGAGCCCCAAUCUCCAGCAGCGGCGGAACAAGCAGCUUCUACGGCGGCGGUGAUGAGUUCUCUGGUUAUUACCAGAGCAGCAGCGGAGGAGGAGCUAAGGAAGACGACGGAGGUGCUAAGAAAGGGUUUCGGAGAGUCGGGAAAGGCAAAUUGACGGCGGAGGCGGUGUCUGAGGCGAUAAGCAGAGCAUCGCAGGGUCUUCCGUUCGAGGUAGUGUAUUACCCCACUGCUGGAUGGUCUGAUUUCGUUGUGAGAGCUGAAGAUGUUGAAGCCUCCAUGAACAUCUUCUGGAGUCCUGGCACGAGAGUGAAAAUGGCUAUGGAGACCGAGGAUUCUUCACGGAUCACCUGGUUUCAGGGCAUCGUCUCUUCUACUUUCCAGGAAACAGGUCCAUGGCGCGGAUCUCCAUGGAAGCAGCUUCAGAUCACAUGGGACGAGCCUGAGAUUCUGCAGAACGUGAAGAGAGUAAAUCCAUGGCAAGUGGAGAUCGUAGCAAGCGCAAGCCAACUCCACACAACUUUCCCUCCAACAAAGAGGUUGAAGUAUCCACACGGCGCAGGGUUCUUCAGUGGAGAAGAAGGAGAGAUGCUCUACUCCGGGAGAGGACUGUCCAGUGCAAUAGUACCAGCUGGGGAUCCAAGUCCCUACAUGCUCUCGUCGUAUACUAAUUUUCCUGCUGGCAUGCAGGGAGCCAGGCAAUAUGAAUACGGAUCUUACAAUCCAACCGGAUACAUCGGAGAAAACCCAAACCCACCACCGCAGUUAUGCAACACCACCACCAAUAACUUCUUCAGUCCGCUUCCGGGUUUGGGGAAAGUCUCGACGGAGAUGAACAACUUCGGGAGUCCUCCGUCGGAUAACUUGUCACCUAACAGCAACACCACUAAUCUCUCCUCUGGAAACAACGACCACCACGGAAACAACCGAGGCGGCAACAAUUCAGCGAGAGCCAACUCGUUUCAGCUUUUUGGCAAGAUCAUUAACGUGCAGGAGCUUUCUGAGAGCGGUCUCGCUGAGUCUGGAUUGUAUGAAGAAGAUGGAAGCAAAGAGUCGAGUGACAAUGAGACGCAAUUGUGCUUGACACAUGGCCCUCUCUAG